CUCGACGCGCCCGUAGUCGCCUUCACCUCGACAACCCGCUCAUUUGCCAGCGUCACUCUGACUUUGGCAGCUCGCUUUGACCUAGUGCGUUUCCUCCACCUGAAUUCGUUUGAACAGCUUUCCAAACCUCUUCUUCGUCCUCAUCCACAAGCACUGUUGCCCAGGACGUGUCUAUCGACCAGACCGUCAAGUCGCUCCGAAUCCCAACCGCAGAGGCAUUACACCUGUAUCCUUUCUCAAGCUUUCAAGAGAUCUUUAUCACACCAUGUGGUCAAUGUCAAUGACCUCCGAUGAUGAUGACGACUUGUAUCGACCUCCCACCCCCGAGCCCAAAUACCGGGGCAAGGGAAAGGGCAAGGCCAAGGAGGACGAGACGCCCAAAUAUCAGGACAAGGGACAGGGCAGGGCCAAGGAAGACGAGAACACCAAGAACCCUGUCUACAAUACACCACGACACUUUUACCCAACGAGCCGCGAGGGCGCUCCAACAGACCGAUCUCUUCCGCUUGGCACAAUCCAAGGCAACAAUCAACUCCGCGAACAAAUUCACGGUCUUGUUGAGCGUAUCAAUGCCUAUGCUGGUAACAUUGUGCCUCUUAUAUUCGAGGACCUUGCCUCCCCGGAGGGCGAAGAGGAUCGGAAACUCCUUCCGGCAGCCGACUGGAUCAAGCCCAUCUACAACUAUGAUUUGAGCCAGGACUUGAUCCAAAUGUUGAAUGAUAAGAUCACUCGAUACAGCAGACAACAUGCGCAUGAUCUUGCGGAAAUGAAUUGCGUUGAUCUAAUGGUCUUCUGGGAAGCACAACCAUACACGACGCAGGGAGAUGUGCGCUGGGUCACCCCGCAGCAGGAAGAGCUGUUCAAGAAGCUUUACGACUGCCAUUACAAGACGCUCUCGUGGGACGUUAUGAACGCUGGAGACGGCAGGCAGGCUCCGGCCCGUCGUAGCGGAUUCUUCGCCGUCAUCCCAGCGGACUUCUUCUUCAGGAUCAGGAGGGAGCUUGAUGCCGGCUGGAAAAUCCAGAUUGAACGGAUUGUGCAGCCUAAGCAUAUGAACCUAGACGAGCUCCACGAAAUGCAAGCCUACCACGAAUUGAGGAAAGUAGCCUACAUGGCGAAGCAAGAGGAGGAAAAGGCGAAGAGGGAGAGGGAGGAGGGCGUUGAGCGGGACAGGGAGCACGCAAAGAGGCGUGAGAACACUUACGCAAAGGCCACUGAAAUCAACUGGGAGCAAUUCAGGAGACUCAACCUGAACAACUGAUAAGUUGGUCUGGGACAUCGCGAUAGGUUCCAGCAGAGAACUUUUCCUGUAUAUUAAAAGUGUUCGAGCAUAAACUCAAUACAAUUCAAUCCUAUGUAUGUUCUUUGGCGUAGUUUUCAGAAUCUCAUACGGAUUCUUUGCUGCACUGUUUCUCUGAUAAUGUGAAGUCUGUUUAAUGUAUCUGAGGACUCUUCGAUUAUUUCUCAGUGGAAUACAAAUUUCCCUUCCUUCACAGAGGCUUCGUGGUUUACAUAAAGUGGAUU